UGGUGUUCCCAUGUUCACCUUUCACAUCUACGCUGUCCUGGACAAGAAGUUCAGAUUCAAUAAAGAGUACAAUCAGCUCAUGCUGUGUUAUGACGGAGGACAAGACCCUUUAGAAAUAACUCAUUUUGUAGGACUGAAGGAGGACGGUUAUCUGGUCGAAGCCAGUCUCUCUGUUGAAGAAAGAAUCUUACAUAGAGGGAACUGGAUGACUUACUGGUACAGUGUGAAGCAACGGAACAAAGAGAUUUCAGGAACUACAACCAGACACGUUCAAAUUCCAUAUGACGGCAAAGAGCUGCAUCUUUACGAAGGCUUCAUUAGUCGCAUGGAGGCUGGAUCCACAGUGCAGAAUAUUCUUCAGAUGGUCGGCUUGAAGAAACAAAAAGGUGCGGAGCUAUUCGACGUCUGGCAGUGGUCAGCCAGAGACCUUCUGAGCAGAAUCUUCCAGAAGUGGAACCCAUCAGACAAACAGAGCAUUGACAGCUUGUGUGAUAACUUGAUGCAUUUCAUGUUCAGCCUCGGUUCUGCACACCAGAGGAUGAACUUUCCUGAUAACUCACAGCCUCCUGUGGUUAAGACGUUAGAGCUGGUUUCAGACAAGCUGGUUCAGAUCUUAAAAGGAGAGUCAAAUGUGGAACGUCUCAGCAGCUGCAGGAGCACCAUGCCUCUUGUUCUGGGUCUGUCUGUCUUCAUCGUGACCAGAAAGUGCGAAAUCAACCUCGGAGUGAAAGACUGGGCCGAGCUGUGUCACCUGGUGUCCUCAGAGGCAGCGAGGAACAAAGAAAACCUGGACGGGUUUCAUAGUUCUUUUACCCAUCCACAGUUUGUUGUGUUGGGUCUGAUGAAUCUAUGUGCGCAGCAGACAGUGUCCGAGCUCGUCCUGCUCGUUCCUCUGCUCUUCACGCUCAGACAGCCGGGAGCCGACGCAGAAAAAGUCGGUCCGGACGUCCAAGAGGAGAACUGGUCCGGACUGGAACAUGUCUUUUUCUGCAAGUUCAGGGAGAGCGUUCAGUCCUACCCUGACGAAAGAAAGAGGAUGCUGACUUUGAUCCAGACUCAGUUGCCUCUGGUUAAAGAGAAGCCUCUGCUGCAGGUGAGCUGGUUAUCUCUGGUCGCAUUUGACGAUCUACCCGACCUCUCAGAGCAGACCGGAGUCCCUGCAGAACACCUGAUCCAGAGUCUGAUGUACAGACUGAGAAAGUGUGCAGAGGACAGAGAUUACGUCAGAACUCAGGACAUCUUGAAGAAAAACUUGACCCAUAUCCUGCUGAAGGUGGACAACGAGAAGGACAGAUUGAGUCAAUCUGGGAAUAUAAAGCCAGCCUUCCUGAGCAGCGUCAGUUUGGUGAAGAACACGUGUGGGGUCGUUCGGCUCGUCCCCGGGUACCAAACUGUAGUCCUGUCCUACCAGCUCCUGCUGAAAUUAGCAGAUAUUUUUGAAGCUAAACUGAGGGAAGAGAAGUCCGAAGAUGACUCCUUAAAGCAGAAACUGUUUGAAGAGCUGCAUGCCGUGCAUCAGAGAAUCAGUGAGUGGAGAGAUGGAUUGCUGCAAAAACCACUUGUAGGGCCAUCGAAAACACUCAGCUAUCCAAAGGAAAUCGAGAUGUGGGAUGCACUGCUGAGGGUUCAAAGCUCUCUUGAAGAGGUUUCAUCCCGUUGGAUUCUGAGACUGAGCAAAGAUCUGAAGAAGAGGAUUUCCAAGGAAAAGGAGGUGGAUCAAGUUCUGCUCUGCUGUCAUGAGUCUUCCUCUGCGUCCAUCAGGAAAAGCCAUGAUGUUGUACAGACCUGUUUCGACGAGUUGUGUCAAUCUGCAAUCAAAUCAAUCUGCCAGAGAGAGCAGGAGGGAGACCUGCUGCGGAGUCUCGGCUCAAAGGUGAAGAAUCUCCCCGAAGCCGUCCUGUCUGCUGUUGUUGUCGAGUCCGCAGCUCGAUUCAGAGACAACUCUGUCGUCCAGCUGCUCCAUCCGCAGUCCGCUGUCAACCACCUUCUGUCUCAAGGAAAUUGGAAGUCGAUCCGUGUGAAUGACGAUGCAGGACUGGUCGUCCACAACUCUCUGUUUUCUCUUCAAUCUCUGGUCGAGUCUCUGCUUCAAGGAAACAUACUUCUGGGACAUCUACGGACCUGCCUGAAAUAUAAAGACCAGUUUAAGAAGCUCUACCAGCAGUACAAGAAAAACACAGACUCUGAGGUUGUUCCCGUGGAGGCAGACUUUGUUUUGGCUCAGAGAGAGGAGGAUUUGAACUCUUUCAUGCUGUGGAAACAGCAGAUGGAAACGCUGAUAAAGAUGAUAGCGAAGGUUACAGAAAGCAUCACAGUUCCUGAGAUGUCGCCUCUCGAGAAGCAGCACGGUGCAGAUCUCCAGACUGUUUGCCUGAACCAACUGGUGCUUGUUCGGGCCUUCGACGCUGACGGGAAAUUGGGGAAGAUGGGGCCUCCGCAGAUCCUCUGGUAUAAAACCAGCAUGAACGCCUUGAAGAUGGCCCAUGAGAUGCACAAUCUGCACCACAGCAACCUGAUUCUGUCCUCCUGGGUCAAGGGGGCUGCGUCUUUGGCAUCAUCCAGGCAACCCACCCCAGCUCCUGUCGCUGUCAGCCUGACGCAGAUCUGCGAGAACAUCUGGAACCCGCUGCUGACCGAGUUCUGUCGGCUCGGUGUCAGCAUCGCAAACGCAGACGUCACUUUCGAGCAGGUCGAUCAGGCUUUGGUGGACUCUGGUGACAAAGGAGACGGGGAGCUGAUGAGGACGGAAAUGAGUCUGAUGUCAAAGACGUUGAGUGAGUCAGGAAGGUUCAGGCCCGAAGAGAAGUGGGUGGAGCUGAGACUCGGUCAGAUUCAGGAGUAUCGGCAGCUCCAUGAAGCAGCCGCUGCAGCCACGGUGAUGCUGAAGAUCGCUGAGAAACUCCCGCUUUCUGGGAACUUCACAGAAAUAGACACUCUUAGCCAGCUGGAAGAAGACGCAUUUAAACAAAGGGCCCUGGGGUCUCUGAGUGAAGACCUCUUUCAUGCCAGACAGCAGCUCUCCACAGUCACCAGGCAGCAGACGGCCUGUCUGGAAGAGUUUCUGGAGAGUCAAACUCUGGUCAGUUGGGUCAAGGAACACCUUCAAAAUAUGAGCGAUGUGAAGGUCUAUGUCGACCUGGCCGCCAUCUCUGCAGGAGAGAACGACACAGAGAUCGACCAGGUGGCCUGUUUCCAUGACGCCGUGAUGGGCUAUGGCCCUCUGCUCUACUCCCUCCCCAUCGAUGCUGGCUUCAGGGAGUUCAUGGAAUGUGCUCAGCAGGUGUGGGACACCCAAGCUCGAGACGAGAAGCUCCCAGACAAAUUGAGAGAGUCUACUCGACUUCUGAGCUGGCUCAAAGCACUGAAGGAGACCCAUGGCUCCGUGGAGCAGUCCUCUCUUUCUCUGGCUUCUUCGAUCAAUGAUCAUGGAGUUUAUCACAUAGGCUGGUCUGAUCAAAACACAGAGAAGAGAUGUCUACAAAACAUGAUACAUGUCACAGUAACAAAGGGCAGAGAUGAGAAGAGCUACAAGCUUGAAGAGCUGCUGGAGCUGCAGAACAAACUCAUGCUCAUGUCAUCCAAAGGGGAGCACGGCAGGGAGCAAGUCAACAGGUUCACAGAGGUUUUUGAAGGAGUUCAGAGACUUGGGGGCAUCCUUCUUCAGAUGCAAACAUCAGGCAACAUGCUCUUUAGAGAAUGGCGUGCGGAGGUCCAGUGCUGUCCGCUACAGCAACCUUGCAUCAAAACCACUUUCUUGACCCUGUUGGGUAAAGAGAUGGUGUACUCUGGUGAGGUGACUGAGCAGCUACAAAAUCUGUCUCACUCCAUGGAGAGCUGCCAAAAAGAAUGGCAUUCCUUCAUCAGUGAGAUGCGCUCUAACUUCAGCCUGUUGAACCACUUCACCUCAGAGCAGAUGGUGUACCUGUGUCACUGGAUACAUAAAGUGUGUCAAGGGAAAGCUUUAGUCCCUGCACAAUUAUGGCAUUUACUAUUUCCAAUCAAGCCUCAGUGCACUCUAGCUGAUAUCAGAGCAGCAUACACAAAUGCAGAAAGUCUGAAGUCGAGGCAUGAUGAGUUGGAAGAUUUUGAGUUUGAAAAUGAAGAUGAAUACUACGAACCAUCCGUUGAGUCACCAGAACACACCAAUGAGGCGCAGGAUUUGAUGCAAUUUUCUUCCGAGGAUGAAGAUGAUGUUGACAUGAAAUCUGAAGCUGAUGCCACCAGGAAGCAUGAUGAAGACAGUCUUGAAAAGCUUUGGUGUGAAUUCAAGGACAACAUGCCUCAGUGCCUCCACGAGCAUUUAGAUAUCUCUUCUUUGGCCCAUUUCCUUUCGUGCCUUUCUGAAAUGAACCAGCAAUACAUGAUCAGGAACCUCCCACCCAUUCUACAGGAGGGGAAACCCAAUCUUGUGCUGUGUCCCAGUGCAGAGGUUUUUACCACUGUGCUGUCCUUUUACAUGGAGAGUCCAGAGCAGCCUCUGCCCUCUUCUGAUGAGGUUUUAGUCUGCAAAGAGGAGACCACAGAGGAGGAGGUGGAGAUCUUUCUCCGCAGAGCUCUCGGCCAAGGCUCUGAACCAAACCUGCAGAAGAUAUACUCCCUUGUCAAUCCAGGACUGCUGGGAUACGAUGUCAGUGUGGCUCUUGGGGAAAUGUUUGAGGGUCUCGAGAGAAGUGCCAGCCCGCGUUAUCGUUUGGUAAUAAUCAGUCCAGUUGUGCACCAGCACAGAUAUGUGCCCUCUUUCUUCAGCAAUGACAAAUUACAGGCUUAUACGAGUCUUACCGCAGAGACUGCUAGGAAAUACCUACUUCGUCACUUCACUCAAAACACAAAGAACCCUGUCUCAUCUGUUUCUCCACAACAACUCUCAGUCUGGAUGGUGUCAUCUUCCCGUCCUGCAGUGGGUAAAUCCCUGUAUGUGGAACGUUUGUCUGAGAAAGUCAGACAGAAAUCGUCCAGAGCAGAACACAUCACCAUCAGACUCAUAGAUCCCUCUGUUGAUGUAGACUCCUUGAUUAAGAGUCUCUCUGAGAAACUGGAACCUUUGAGAGAGCAAGACCCUGUUCUCCUGCACAUUGACACUUCUGGAGUUCGUUCAGGGCUGGAGGAGCUCCUGUUCCAUCUGUUAGUACUGGGCUGUUUGAGCGACAGCCAUGGCAUGCUAUGGAGAAGGAAUGUCACUCACUUGAUCACUGUUGAAGUCCUAAGAACAAAAGCAUCACCUCAAAACCAGCCAAAACAGGCAAGGCUUGGACUUCUUGACAUUCUGCCUACCAUUCAUUGUAGACCUCCAAAAGAGGUGAAGCGGCUGAUGGAGAGUGGAGGGGUUCUUUCAAAACAGAGCUUUGAUCCACUCAUGGAUGGGCAGGAGUUCUGCAGUGAGGGAAUUCAAAGGCCCUAUCAGUACCUCAGGCAGUACAAUAGCAACAUGAAUCUGGAUCGUUUCAAGUACACGGACAGAUCAAGAGUGGGGGACCCCAUUGAUUGUAUAAACCACUUUUUGUACUUCUGUGGAAUGAAUGAUCCCUCUUGGGCUGAGCUGAAAAACUUCUCCUGGUUUCUCAAUGUGCAACUGAAAGACUGUGAAAACUCAAUUUUCUGUGAUCCAGAUUUUCUGGCUGACCAGCUGCCAGGUUUCAAAGGCUUUAUCGUGAAGUUCAUGAUACUAAUGGCAAGAGAUUUUGCCUCGCCAUCUCUGAACACAUUCGAUGAAAGUCUAAUGCUACACAUUGAUAACAGUCAGGAAGAUGAUCUUCUUACCCGCCUUACAAUUCGUAAGCAUUGGGAAAAUGAGUCCCACCCAUACAUUUUCUUCAAUGAGGACAGAUACUCAAUGUCUUUCCUUGGCUUCAACGUGAAGAUGUCUCCGAGGCAAAACAGACUCUGUGCAGUUGAUCCUCACAGCCUCAAGGUCCUGAUAGAAGAUGUGAUGUCCAAAGAGCUGUUUCAAGGUUUGGAACGUCAAAGAAUCUCUCUCACCGAAGACUUUGACCAGUUGGACAGGCAGGUCAAAAUCAAGAGGAUUUCAAGUGUUGUUGGUGCAAAGAAAGGGAUGACAUCCAGUAAGUUUGAUCCAGACCCAUCAUAUGAGCUCACCGCUGACAAUGUGAUGAAGAUGUUGGCCAUACACAUGAGAUUCCGAUGUGGAAUUCCAGUUGUCAUCAUGGGCGAGACCGGCUGUGGAAAAACCAGAUUAGUUGGCUUCCUUUGUGACUUGCAGAAAGAGGAAAGACCAGUAGAGAACAUGGUACUGGUCAAGGUACAUGGUGGGACUACAGCAGAGAUGAUCUACAGAAAGGUGAGGGAGGCCGAGAAACUAGCUGAAGAGAACCGUAGACUGCACAAGCUUGACACUAUUUUGUUCUUUGAUGAAGCAAACACCACAGAGGCCAUUUUUGCCAUCAAAGAAAUCCUGUGUGACCAUUCCAUGAAAGGAGAACCUCUGAAGGCAGGCAGUGGCUUGAAAAUAAUAGCCGCUUGCAAUCCUUACAGGAAACACUCACCUGAAAUGGUGGAACGUUUGGAACGUGCAGGAUUAGGUUACAGGGUGAAGGCAAAUGAAACAGAAGACCGUCUUGGCAAAGUUCCUCUAAGGCAGCUGGUGUACAGAGUUCAUCCUCUGCCCCCGAGCAUGGCUACUUUAGUGUGGGAUUUUGGUCAGCUGAGUGAUUCGACUGAACUUUCCUACAUCAAACAGAUAGUCCAAAAGAAGGUUCAAGACCAUUGUCUGCCAUUGGUCUGCAAGGACAUCAUUUCAAAUGUGCUGGGAGCCUCACAGAAAUACAUGCGAAGUCGUAAAAACGAGUGCAGUUUUGUGAGUCUGAGAGAUGUGGAGAGGUCCAUGAAAGUGCUGAUAUGGUUUUACCGGCACAAUGAGGUCCUUUUGCAAAACUGCUCACAUCUUAAUGAGGCUGGUAAAACACUGAUAUGCUUGAUUCUAUCAGUUGGAGUCUGCUACUACCCUUCUCUGAUCUCCAAAGAGGAGUACCUCUCUGUGAUCUGUGGGUACUUUCCAGACCCUUUCCGCUCUUCAGCAGCAUUGCAGGAGGUGAUUUCAUCCUGUCAAGAUUUCUUCCUCCAGAACAUACAGACCAGAGAGACCAUAGCCAAAAAUGUUGCACUCAAAGAAAAUGUGUUCCUCAUGGUGGUGUGCAUCGAGCUCAGGAUCCCUCUCUUUCUGGUUGGCAAGCCAGGUAGCUCCAAGUCACUUGCUAAAACAGUGGUUGCUGAUGCCAUGCAGGGACAGACCUCCCAUCAUGAUCUAUUCAAGAACCUUAAGCAAGUUCACAUGGUCUCCUUCCAGUGCAGUCCUCACUCAAGUCCUGAGGGCAUCAUAGGGACAUUCAAGAACUGUGCCCGCUUCCAGAAAGACAAAAACAUGGACGAAUAUGUAUCAGUGGUGGUGCUUGAUGAGAUAGGUCUAGCAGAGGAUUCUCCUCAGAUGCCCUUGAAGACCCUUCAUCCUCUCUUGGAGGAUGGUUGCAUUGACAAUGAAAAGCCAGAUCCACACAUGAAAGUUGGCUUUGUUGGCAUUUCUAACUGGGCUCUUGACCCAGCAAAGAUGAACAGAGGAAUAUUUGUGUCCAGAUGGGAUCCAAGUGAGGAUGAACUUGUGGAAACUGCCAAAGGAAUUUGUUCAUCCUCCAAACAAAUUCUCCUAAAGAUCAAACACCUCUUUCCGCCUUUGGCCAAGGCCUUCUUGGGCAUCUGUAAAGAAACCACAAAGAAUCAGUUCUUUGGUCUGAGGGAUUAUUACAGUCUGGUCAAAAUGAUCUUUGCUGUAGUCAAAUCCACACAGCAAGAGCCAGAUGGUGGACAGCUUGUAGAGGCCAUCUUGCGAAACUUCAGCGGACAACCAGAGGUUUUUGACCCUGUCGUAUUUUUCCAAGAGGUUCUUCAAAACUUAACAGAAAUACCCAGACCAAGCACCUUGCAAAUGGUGAAAAAGAAUCUUGACUGUGACACAAACCAUGAGAGCCGUUACCUCCUUUUGCUGACCACCAACAACGCUGCUCUCCAUAUCCUUCAACAACAGAUCUUUGCCAAAGGAGACUAUCAAACACCUGAGAUUGUCUUUGGCUCAGGAUUCCCAAAGGACCAGGAAUAUGCCCAGAUCUGCCGAAAUGUUAACAGGGUGAAAAUGUGCAUGGAGACAGGGCGUACCGUCAUCCUCCUCAACAUGCAAAAUCUUUAUGAAAGCCUGUACGAUGCCUUGAACCAGUAUUAUGUUUACCUCAGCAAGCAGCAAUACGUUGAUCUUGGUCUUGGCUCUCACAGAGUCAAAUGUCGUGUCCAUGCACACUUCCGAUUGGUGGUAGUGGAGGACCAGAAGAAGGUCUACGAGCACUUUCCCAUGCCUCUCAUCAACAGACUUGAAAAACACAGGGUGGAUAGGAGUACCGAUCUGGAACCAUGGCAGCACAGGGUUCUAGACAAACUGAAGGAGUGGGUCAAGGAAUUCUCUGGUGAGGCAUCAGAGGAUUUUAAGCUUUCUGACAUAUUUGUUGGCUACCAUGGUGAUGCCUGCGCAAGUGCCCUGCUGCAAGCACUAGAAAGGAAACAACAAAAGGUUGCAGAGAGUGCAGAAGGACAUCAUGAACUCACUGGAAAAAAUGUCUCUCUGGAAGAGGAUGAACCAAAGGAAACACCUGAAUCAAACUUUGAAGUUCCAAAAAAGGAAACUGCCAAGGAAGAUGAUCAGAUACAUGAUCCAAUGGACAUAGAGACUGAUGUCAAAGAGCAGGACUAUGAGUUAAUGGAAAAUAAUGACAAUGAGCAUAUUGAGGUGUGUGAGGUUGGGAAUAAGGUGAUGUCUGAGAGUGAAGAAAUGAUGGAGACAGAAAACCUUGUUGGGUCUGGAGGUAACAAGGAAGAAGAAGUCUUAGAUCUAGCUAAACGUCUCUUGUUGAACUGUGCCACCCCUGAUGCUGUGAUGAGGCUCAAGUAUUCAGAUUUAGCAAACCAUGAGAAGGAAAAACUACAGAGAAUGUAUUUCCAGCAGCAGCAUCACCAUUCACUCCGAGAUUUCUUGGAGGAUUGCUUGAGCAAGCACCACGGGUCGAGGAAGUUUCUUGAGAUAACGACAUUCUCCAGCUUGUUAACCAAAUCGGAUGUCAGAUACGUAGCCCAAGCCCUCGGACUGCAAACCAACAAAAUCCUCCUGCUGUCACUCCACCAAUUUGACACUGAAGUCUCCUUCUGCAACAAGAUACGGGGCUUCCUUCAGAAUGCUGGGCACUCUCUGCACAUCUUGUUAGUCCAGAUGGACAUGGAGGAAUCCCAUUGCAGCGAGGAGCUCAUAGCAUCAGCAAAAUAUUGCUCCAUGAAUUACUUGAUGUCACUGGAGGAUCCGACCUGUUGGGUGAUUUUUAUCGUGAAGGUUUCGAGAAUCUCAAGUCAGUCUCAGUACAAUGGUUUCCAAGGAGGAGUCUGGCACUCAGCUCAUGUCGAUGACCUCAGGGAUUCAGAGGACAUGAGCCUGAACCUGUUGGUUUUCUGUGGUACACUCAUUAGUGACCUACUCAAGCCCGCACCUGCAGAACACAUGGAUGACGGAGAGACGUUGAGAGAAAUUGAAGACUCCAAGGCAGAUAGAGCCCACCUCCACAGACUAUCUUUGGUGAGAUCAUGCAUUCAAAAAGCUGUUGGUUUGCUGAGGGACACCAAUGGCAUGACAUCUCGAAGCAUGCAGCGGAUGCACAUCCUUCUUACUCUUCUGGGAACUGGUCAAGGCCUUAAAGGAGCCCACUUCCAGGAGAUGUUGUUGGCUAGAGUUGCGCGGGCCUUGGCACAGAGAGAAGAUAUGAUGGGCUCGCCAAAAGAAUGGGUGAACAGAGAAGCGAAGAAACGCCAGGCUCUUCAGGAGGGGGGAACUCUGAGACACACCCUGUGGAGAUGUCUUCAGUCUACUGUGACUCCAAUCUUGGCCAGCAUGUUUGAAAUGAUGGACAGAUAUGCAAAUCUGGACCUGCUCUCCGAUGACCAGCUCAGUUGGGGCCUGAUGAAGUUCUGGUUGGACAUCUUUGCUGAUUCACAGAUUUCAGACCUAACACCUCUGCAAAACCAAAGUGAGUCAGAUCAGGAAGUGCUUGUGCAGCACUAUUUCAUGUUGGACGGUGAAGAACAUCCCUGCUCCGCUGCUUUCAGCUGGCUCUUUAGAAAUCACCUUGAAAGUCUUUGGGAAGAAUCCGAAUUCAUGCCAGUAACAAAAGACACGGAGAGGAUCCUCCAGUUUGUGAGCACCUUUAAGAACGGCCGGCUGGGCACUCACUUACAGAAACUCUCAGAGGAGGAGAGACUGGAGUACAGCCAGCGAUAUCUACAAGACUUUCUGCUGCUCUCCUUGAAGAUCAAGUCGAAGGACAACCUGCGGGUGUUCACCGGGGCGUUGCUGGGCUGUGUGUCUGAGCUUCAGAGGACCUUGGGGGUUGUUUCUGACCUCUCCCCUGCUUGGAUACACGCUGCUGCCAAACAUUUCGCCCCCAGACUGGACACUCUCGGCCACAUAUUUCAGCUGCAGCCCCAGCUAGCCACUGAUGUCCUUCAGCAAGGGUCAAAGAGGGAGCACCACGAAAUGGUGGAGGACAUUUUAGCUCUCGGCAUGUGUGUUGAGCAGACCAAACUACUGACUGUGACGUCUCAUGGAGAGUGUGCGUCCUUUGUGAGCAGAGUGGAAUUUGUGCAGCCGUGUUUGGAUCGAGUGUUUGGUCAGAAGUAUAGCACCCUGUGCAGCCCCGGCUGUCUGCAACAUCUGGACUCCAUCAGGUCACUGUGGCAAGGGAUGCUGGUCGUUGUGUCUUUCAUCCAGACUGUCAUCUUUAAAAUCAAACAGAGUGACUCAAGACUGAGAGAACUGAGUCUCAAACACUGCAACCUUCACCUGAACAUGAUGCAGGAGUCCCCUGACUUAAGGAGCGUGGAGACUCUUCAGCAGCUGAUCCGCAUCCUCAACUCUUUUCAUGAAGAGUGUAUCAGCAGGGAGCUGAGGUUUGGUAUUUCCUGCCCCGUCUGUCUGCGGGCGCUCACUGAGCCGUCCGUCCUACCCUGUCAGCACGUCUUCUGCGUGCCCUGCCUCCAAAAAUGCAUCGAGCAAAACAGACACUCCUGCCCCAAGUGCAGGACAGAGCUGCCACCCGACUUCAAGCCGACUGUUUCUCCUGAAGUCAAGGCUGCACUCCAGCAGCAGGCGGAGAUCAGGGACUGCUGUAACUCCUUCUUCCUGGAGGUGGUGUCCAGGUUCUGUCUGUCAGAGGGACAGACGCCUGCAGAGGGGGUGGUGGAGCUGCUCUUCUCCUUACUUGUCUUUGCUAGCGGAGAUGUGUACAGGACCAGAGAGCUCACUCCCUUCUUGGAGUGUGUGGAUAACAGUCCAGUGGUUCGAUCUGUGCUGCCUAAACUGCUGCUGCAACACAGCUUCGAGCAGGUGAAGGGUCACAUCCAAACCUACCUGGAGAAUCUGGAGGAGAAUCUUCUCAACAUAGAAGACCGUACUGAACUGAACCUGCUGUUUGUCAACUGUUUCCAGGACUCUCUGCUGUGCUCAGAGGCGAGGGAAAAGAAUCAGACUAAGGAGCAGCAAAUGGAAGCCCAGACCAGAUUCCUGAGCAGGAUUGCCAGGAAACAAACUCCAGGCAGAGAAGAGGACCCAGCAGAGUUCCUGCUCAACACAGCCAGGCUGAGAAUAUGCCUGAGCACGGCUGCACGGCUGCUGGAGAAAGCUGCAGUGCAAGGCAGACCUGCAGAGGCGGAGGCUAAGUACCUGCAGCAGGUGAGGGCGGUGUGCGAGUACCGUGGUAACGACUGGCUCAGGGUGUACCUGCUCCGAGCUCUCCACAGAGUCUCAGGUGUGGACUGCAUCCUCUCUAUGAUGAACAAUCCCACCUGGAGAUGGGUCUUCCCUGCGGAACUCCUUCGACUUCAGAGGACGAUUCUGACCAAUAUAGACAGCUUCCUGUCCUGUGGGACGCCUUACAGAGACAUGAGACACGCUGUGGCCCAGGUCCUGGUGGAAAACAGAUCUGACACUUUCAAGACACAAAUACAGAAGCUGAAGGGUUGUCAGAUCAGCUUCCUGGCCCUGGCUUUGUUCAGACAGGUCACAUGUCGCUACAAAUCACCGGACGUCAACAUACAUCUCCGUCCAGAGGAGAAUAAACGACUGGGAGAGCUCCUGACCAACGUGAAGCCAAAGGAGUUCAGGGAUUUCUGCUCGGCACUUCUGUCCAACCAGAUCGGAGGACCGGGCUCGGGUCUACGCGUCGACACAAACCUGUCCCCUCUGAGACAAACCCUCCUGGAGCUGCUGGUCCAUCUGGACUCUGUGCUCCUCAGUGGGAAUCAUCUGUUGGCUCCUCUUCACCAGAUCGCCUUCCAGCCUCAGAAUGUCACAAACUCCUUCCUGCCGACCAUGCCGGACGAUCACACAAAUGAAGUCAGACAGUGGUUGACUGGAGAGAGAAAACUAGAGGAGUACUACUGUGCCAAUGGACAUCCAAGCUUUGUCGGAGAGUGUGGUAAACCAGUGGUGAUUUCAAGAUGUCCGUGUGGAGCUCCCAUCGGUGGAGUGUCUCACAUGCCAGUCCAAGGAUUCACGAAACAAACUGAACAGAGGGUCAGAGAUCAAACUCGAACAGGACACAUAUUAGGAGAGGCUCAUCAGAGGUCGGAGGCCCCGGAGAGACAGCUGACCUACGUUCAGUCGUGCGUCCUGCGGCUGCUCACGCACCUCGCCAUGCUUCAAGGAGCCUUCAGAAACAACAGAGGAAUAGGUAACAUGAUCCACCCGAUGCCCCAGGAUGUUCUCACCUUCCUGUGGCGCCAUCUUGAAGUGGACAUGCGCGUGCUGGGACAGACUCUGGAUCAGAACACAGACAACACAGCGGUCACAGUUCACUUGAUUCUCAACGCGUGCACAGACUUCCCAUCGGGUUCCCGCGGUGCAAGACCGGAUCUGUCGUCCAGACAAGGACGGGAGCAGUGGGAGAAGCUCGUCUGUAAAUCAGUCAUCAAGCCAGUGCAUCAGGUUUUGCAGAAGAGACUCCCUGAAGCCCUGGAGAGAAUCAGUGCAGACGAUGGCCUAGCCGGAAGCCCCCUGAUGUGUCUCCUCUUCGGGGAUCCAGGGAGCAUGCUGACCCUCCCCGCCGACUGUCCCACACAUCGCUCCUCUUUCUGGACUCUCCCGGAGACCAUGACGGUGGAGCGCCUCUCUCAGCUGGUGGGACAGUCGGAGGGCAGUGCUCUACCUCUGCUCGACGCGUUCCUCAAAAAGAUACACUGUGUGAGGCAGUUACAUCACCUGCCGGAGCUGGCAGCGUUACAGUCGGACCUGCUGAGAGUGUUUCCUCUGACAUCACACUCUUCACCUCAGAGCAUUGCACAGAUGCUGCAGAAGAUUCCAGCAGGGUGCCAGAAGAAGAGGCUGCAGGAGAGAGUGGAGAGAUUCAUCCGGGUGUGGAACCUCCUCAGAGCAGAGGUGGCAAACAACUCUGCAGACUUGGGCGUGGAUGUGAACUUGUGUGAGAAGGAGCUGACGACCGACAGCUCCGGGGAGUUUCUGACUCUGAGUCGACACGGACCCGGGUCAUGUCUCCAAAAUCUGGUGGACUUCCUGUUGAUGACUCACAACGGCCUGGUGAGAGAGGCCCGCGCAGUGAGCCACCAGGAGGACAGUGAAUACAGUAUCCCAUUAGACCGGAUAUCAGAGACCCAGCUGACCCUGUGCAACCCCGAGAGAGAGCUGCUGCCUCUGGUUCUGGCAAAGUGUCACUACACGCUGAAGAAAGGUGGAGAGACGGACAGCAGCUACGACCUGCGGGGCGUCCAGACGCAGCUGGCCCGUCGCUUUUUCUCUGGGAAACCACUCAUCCAAGCGGACACAUCCAGGUACUUGAACAGACAUCUGCAAGAUUUCUCUGUGGUUCUAACCGAGGUCAGAGGAAAGAUCCCUCAGGAGCCGCUGAAGGGUUCGGUCUGCAGCUCCAUGAAAGCGGUGCUGCGCUCGUACACGGAUGUUUGUGACGCCGUGUUUGUGGUGGAGAUCGGCCUCCGCUUUCUCGGAAAGACGGGCGGGGAUCCUCAGUGUCAGCUCCUGUCCUACCUCACUGACUCGCUGCAGAUGAAGCCACAGAUUUCCAGCACUGUAGCCAAGGGUCUUGGAGAGAGCAGACUGGAGCACAGCAUAUUCACCUGGCAACUUCUAACCUGUUGGAAGUCGGAGCUCAUGCUGAACAGGAAGCAAGACCCCUUUCAGAAGCUGCCCUCAGAGUUCCAGCAGGAGCUCUCUGAGGAGGAGAGGAAAGGGCUGAAGGUUUUCCUCGCUGCCACAGAUGUCGACGCGUUCGCUCUGGAGCUGCAUGAAAUUCUGCUGCUGAAGACGAGCAAUGCUGUGCUGGACGAGGGUUACCAAGCACACUGGGACAUCAGGUCCACCUUAGAGGUCCACCUGGAGCAGAAAGACCUUCCAACCCUGCUGGGGCUCGAGUCUUUGCCAGAGGACAUCACUCUUGGGCAGGGGGCUGACGUGUGGAGGGCAGCUGUAGAGUUUAAAAGGCGAUAAAUCAUAGUGACUGAUUGAAUGCUGUUUGUUGCUCAUCUUUUUCUAUUAUGUGAUUUUCUCUUCUUUUUUUUUUUAUUCAAAGUGAUUCCUGGAUUCUUUUUAAUUGUCAGUGAUUAAUGCAUUCCAUAUGAGAGCACUUGUUCUGGUUAAAUGUGAUUUUUUUUUUUUUAAAUUUAUAAAGCUUUUUUAAAUGCUGAAAUGUUGAGAUGCCAGGUGGUUGAAUCCGUUUUAAUUUAAUACAUAAUAAUGUUUUUUAUUGUUUGAUUACGUUUGAGUGAAGCAUCAAUAAAUACUACUGGUGGACUGGAA